AUGGAAGCUAGAUCAGAAUAGUAAUUUCUAUUCAGUCACUAUCUCUUCAAAGUUGUUUUGAUCGGCGAUUCUCAUGUUGGAAAAUCCUCCCUUCUCUUACGACACUCUGAAAAAACAUUUAAGGACAAUUAUCUCUCAACAAUAGGAGUUGAUUUUAAGCUUACUGAUGUCUAUAUCGAUGACUCUCAUGUUAAGCUACAAAUUGUAAAAUUUACAUAGUGGGACACAGCAGGUCAAGAAAGGUUUCGUACAGUCAUUAACGGGUAUUACCGAGGGUCUGAUGGUGUUAUAGUCGUUUUUGAUAAAACAGAUAGAGAGUCAUUUGAGCAUGUAGAUGGCUGAAUCAACGAGGUAGAUAAAUACGCUACACAGAAUCCUGCAAAGAUCUUAGUCGGUAAUAAAAGUGAUAUGCCUCCAGUUGUAGACACUGCUGAAGGACUGAGAAAAGCUGAGAAAUAUAAAAUGGAUUAUAUUGAAACUAGCGCCAAGGAGCCUUUUCAGGUAGACCAAUUAUUUGAUAUACUUGCAACAAAAAUGAUUAAGAAUGGAGGAAAAGAAAGAAAAGGAGGUGAUCGAAUCGGAAAUAGAGAAAAAACUCGGAAGUGGAUCUGUUGCUAA